AUGGCCAACCAAGCUCCAAAAGACGACUUAACAACGGCGGAGGUGACCCCUACGUCAACUGAUGAGGAAGCCCCCAGCAAUGAAUCGGAAGGAAGUUUGGACAACGUCAGCAAUCAUGGAGACAAACCAGAAGAGGAAAAAGAGAGCUGUGGAUGGCGGGUCUACUACUGGGUUGGAAUGCUUUCGGCAUUUGGACUUGGAGCAAUCAUUAUGUUUGCUGUCAUGAAAUCUCGAGAAUCUUCAACGUCACCGUCCAAAGCGAUUCCAGAAGCACCAAUUGUCAACGACGAGGAUGUUUCCAAUCCCACAGAUGUUUCUGGACUACCUCAACUACAAGAAAGCAAGGAUUUUCCCUUGCAAUUGUGUUUUGGUGAUUGCGACACAGAUGCGGACUGCGAUCUCAACCUGAGGUGUUUCCAGAGGGAUCCCAACGAGGCUGUGCCAGGAUGUGAAGGUGGCUUGGACGACGAGAGCAGAACCGAUUUCUGUGUACCUAUAGUACUGCCAGAAGUUGAAGAAACCAACAACUUCCCUCUUGGUCUAUGCCAAGGAGACUGUGAUACAGCCGAUGACUGUGAAGCUGGUCUAGUUUGCUUCCAACGUUCCGCCAAUGAUGAAGUUCCUGGUUGCUUGGGAAGUAAAUUGGAUAGCAGUAAUACUGAUUACUGCAUUCCAGAGGAAACGGAAGGCUUCUUCUUGAAGAAACUAGGGCAGAGACUGCUAGGUGGUAAGGGCGAUAGCUUUGGAUUUUCCACUAGCCUGUCUCGGGAUGGAAGCACCCUGGCGGUUGGCGCGAUUGAUGCUGGAUCGGCAGGUUAUGUUGCUUUAUACCAACUCAUCGAUGCAAAAUCUUGGAAAUUUGUCACCAAAAUCGAGGGUGAUAAUAUUGGUUCCGAAUUUGGCCAUUCGGUAUCACUAUCGGGGGAUGGAAAUUUUUUGGCUGUUGGCGUUCCAAAGGCUCCCAGUGGAUACAUUCGGAAUGUUGGGAAGGUCCUCGUGUACGAACUACUCCUAAAUGAAUUUGGCACAAAGUGGAACAUUGUCGGGGAGAUUGAGAGCGAUAAUCCAAAUAUUGGAACCUAUCUGGGCUUUGAAUUUGGGCAAAGUGUAGCGUUGUCGAGCGAUGGGAGUGUGCUGGCAGUCGGAGAACCAUUGGAUGGUCGUAUUACAUUGUUCCGUUCCUUCAAUGGAACAUGGCCAAAAAUUGGGAAUUCAAUACAACUCGCUGAUCUGGCUGGUCGUUCCCUCUCCCUUUCCGAUGACGGGUCAAGAAUAGCGAUAUCGGGUGAAACACAAGGGGGAAUCUUUGAUUUCGAUGGUUCGGAUUGGGCACAAUCGACACCAACGCAGGCGACUGAUAACAUUUUCCAAGAUGGUGGUACCUCCAUUGUACUUUCCGGUGAUGGAAGCACCGUUGCAAUUGGUCGUGUCGACAAUGGCGUGGGUGAGAUUGUGAUUCAAACCUUCCAGUAUCCUGUGGACUCAGUUUGGAAUGCGUUGGGAGUGCCAGUCCGCCUCAUUUCGGGCGACUCUACGGUGCCUAACAUUGUGCUGUCACAAGACGGAAGGGUUCUUGUGGUUGGCGAUCCCCACUUUGACGGAGUAGGACGAAUUGCUCUCUUCUCUUUCGAUGAAAGUAUGAACGAGUGGCAGCAGACAGAUUCCGUCGUUGGGAGGGCUUUCAACGAAAUGUUUGGAGUUUCGCUGGCGAUUGCACAGGAUGCGACAGGCAGCACAAAAGUGGCCAUUGGUUCUCCCUAUCCUGUCCAGAUGAUUGGCAGUUUUGGGUCUGCAGUUGUGUACAAGAUUGAGUACGGAGAAAAAGCGGCAGAAACUUCAGCUCCAACCGUUGCACCAACAACUUCCUCGCCAGCGAUUUUUGAACAAGUGGAUAGUUGGAAAGGUCUUCAAGGCGAGACUGCUGGAAAAGAUGUGGACAUAUCCAAAAAUGGCAGAGUUCUUGCAUACAGCGUGACGCAGAUCGGGAGCAGCGGAUAUGUUGAAUCGUUCCAGCGAAAUGAUGAAACUAGUGAGUGGGAACGCAUGCAGCGGCUUGAUGAAACAGGCGUAAAUUUUGGUCACUCCAUCUCUCUUUCUUCGGAUGGUAAGGUAAUAGCAGUUGGGAUCCCUGGUGGUAAUACUGUUGAUGGCAAUAUCAGUGGUCGUGUAAGAGUCUAUUCGUUGAACGAGACAGUAAGUGAAUGGAUUCAGAUUGGAAAUGACAUUGCUAGUGAGCCAUUCGACCCCAAUGCAUCCUUUGGAGGAGAUGGUUUUGGCCAUUCGGUAUCAUUGUCCUCGUCUGGCAACAUAGUAGCUAUAGGUUCUCCUUAUGGCACUAGCCAUACAGUUGUGUAUCGUCUUGAAGGGGGUGCAUGGAGAAUGAGAGGCGACAAAAUACGAUACAGUGUCAGUCCUGCCCUCGAAGGAUGGUCAGUGUCAAUCUCCGACGAUGGAAAUAUGGUAGCCGUCGGGGCACCAACCAACGAGGAGGUUUCUGAUGAAGCAGGAGUCUGCAUAAUCUACGAGUACAUAGAUGGGAGUUGGCAGAGGAGAGGUCAGCCUCUUUUUGGAGAUGCUCAACAUGAUGUGUUUGGGACCUCCGUUUCCUUGUCAGGUGAUGGUGAUAUUGUCUCUGUUGGCAGCAUUAACAAUGAUAACGAGAACGGCGAAGAUGCUGGGCACGUCCGCGUCUACAGAUUUAACAGAAGUACUGACAUAUGGGAGCGGCUUGGGCAACCAAUCCUUGGCGCUGCAAAUUCCGAUCGCUUUGGAGUAUCCAUUUCGUUGUCCAACGAUGGGAUGACGAUUGCAGUUGGAGCGAGAGGACAUGGACUCGGUGGACAAGUUCAACUCUUUCAAUUUGACGAGAAAAACACGAUGUGGAAGCAACUUGGACCGGCAAUGAAUGGAAAUGUCGAAAAUGGUGCUUUCGGUGCAGCGGUGUCCUUGAGUGAAGCUGCUGAGGAGUUCACUCUGGCGGUGGGGGCUCCCGAUACCAUGGAUGAAACGCUCCUGGGUCUUGUUCGGGAUCCGAUUGGGGAAGUCUUUUUAUAUGAAGGAGUAAAUGCAUAG